AUGCUAUCGCAGGUCCCUCCCCGCGCUCGGGCGGGGUGGUUCGAGACUCAGCCGCGAGCGGAGGCUCUAGAGCCGCAGUUCAGCCCGGGCCGGAGUCCGCGCCGCCCAGGGCAUCCCCGCGCGGGGCCCGCGUGCCCCUGGAGCCCGCGAGGCGGAGCCGCCGGGAGGUGGUCGGCGCGCGGGCGGCAGGUGGGCGGCCCGGCUCACGUCGGCCGUGUUUACCUGGCUCGCAGGAAGCCCGGGAGGCGGGGGAGGAGCGGCGGGCGCGCCCGGCCCUCGGAGCAGCCGCCAGACUGCGCCGCCGCGCCAGCAAGGACGAGCCUGCGGCCCCGGCGACCCGCGGCCCCGACCCCGAAGGCGGCGCCGGCGCUCCGGGACCCCGCGCGCUUGGGGCCCGGGCGGCGGGAGGCGGCCGGGACCCCGCGGCGCCCUCGGCCUUGGAGAGAGGAUCGCCGCGCGCAUCUGAAGACCUCGGACCUCAGGAUGGGGAACCACGCAGGGAAGCGGGACUUCGGUGCCGAGAAGGGCAAUAAGGAUAGUGAAACUAACAGAGGAGAAUAUGAAAAGAAGAGAAACACUCGUGACCUUUCCCGGGAGAUCUCAGAAGACAGUGAUGUGUUUGGAGCGGCAGAUGUGGUCCCGAACAAUGGGGCCCCCUCGCAGGACACGGCGGUGACAGACUCCAAGCGCACAGCGGACCCGAAGAAUGCCUGGCCCGAAGCCAGCCCAGCUGACCCGGGGGGCCGCCCCCACCUGGUCCGCCUCUUUUCCCGAGAUGCCCCGGGCCGGGAGGACAACACCUUCAAAGACCGGCCCUCGGAAUCAGACGAGCUCCAGACCAUCCAGGAAGACAGCGCGGCCGCUCCCGGGGCGGUGGACGCGAUGGCGGCCCAGAAGAGACCCUCCCAGAGAUCCAAGUACCUGGCCUCGGCGAGCACCAUGGACCACGCCAGGCAUGGCUUCCUCCCCAGACACAGAGACACGGGCAUCCUCGACUCCCUUGGCCGCUUCUUUGGCACGGACAGGGGUGCGCCCAAACGGGGCUCAGGCAAGGUCCCGUGGCUCAGGCAGAGCAAGAGCCCCCCGGGCCCCCAGGCCCGCAGCCCGCCCGGGCUGUGCAACAUGUACCAGGAUGGACACCACGCGGCCAGAACCACCCACUAUGGCUCCCUGCCCCAGAAGGCGCAGCAUGGCCGGCCCCAAGACGAAAAUCCCGUAGUGCACUUCUUCAAGAACAUCGUGACACCUCGCACACCUCCUCCAUCGCAAGGAAAGGGGCGAGGACUGUCCCUCAGCAGAUUUAGCUGGGGGGCUGAGGGCCAGAAGCCAGGAUUCGGCUAUGGAGGCAGAGCAUCUGACUACAAAUCGGCUCACAAGGGACUCAAGGGGCACGACGCCCAGGGCACGCUUUCCAAAAUCUUCAAGCUGGGAGGACGAGACAGCCGUUCCGGGUCCCCGAUGGCUAGACGCUGA